CCUUCUUUCUUUCCAGCCGAUCAAUAUAAUCCUGGAUGAUCUAGGCCCUGUCGGCUGGACUCCAGUAAAAGAAGUCUCCUUCUUGAGGCUCAACUUUCUCGGCGCACAAAUCUCACAAGUAUGACAUUGAGGAUUUUUGGGCCAAGGAAAAAGCCAUCUCGUUUACCCCUCAUCUUGUACCUGAGUUCUGAGGCUCAGUGGUCAAAGUUCUUGAAUGCGACAUUGUACGGCUUACGAAUUCUAUGGCAUUGGGCGUUUUGCUUGGUUACGAUACGGUUAAAGGUCCUGCAUCAUAUCAUCUUCGAUGCGGCGGAUUCAAUUGAAGGAAAGGGACUGGGAGCUGGGCUUUUAACUUUUCUAUUCUACUUCACCUGUAUUUUUUUCAGAUCCUUGGUGUUACGUUUCGGAGAGAACCGGGCAACAAGUGGUUCUCGGAUGUCCAACGGCGCCUGCUAUUUUUCGCGCUUAGAGUCUUGAAAUUUUCCUUGCUGGCUCUCGAGCGUCUGCUUGGGUACAGCUUGACAUGUGGUGGAACAAGGUAAUCUUGCAAAGGUAUCAGAAUAGAUGAUUCUGUGUGUUCAUCAUUUCAACGGCAUUUUCCACCCAAAACAUAUUGUACAGUAUUAUUAUAAUUUGUCCAAAAACGUUCCGUCCGAUUCGG